AUGGUCCAGGGCGUCAUCAUCCACUCCACCCAGGCGCAGGACGCACAGGCACGCGUGCUCACCGAGGACGCGCUCAAGUUCAUCGCUGCCCUCCACCGCACCUUCGAGUCGACCCGCCAGUCGCUCCUCAUCGCCCGCGAGGCUGCCCAGCAGCGCCUUGAUGCCGGUCAGCCCCUCGACUUCCCUCCCGAGACUGCACACAUCCGCGCGGACCCUUCGUGGAUCUGUGCACCGCCCGCGCCGGGUCUCGAGGACCGCCGCGUCGAGAUCACUGGCCCGACGGACAGGAAGAUGGUCAUCAACGCGCUGAACAGCGGCACGAAGACGUUCAUGGCUGACUUUGAAGACGCGAGCUCCCCGACGUUCGCCAACAUGAUCAACGGCCAGGUCAACCUCUACGACGCCAUUCGGCGCCAGAUCGACUUUGAGUCUGGCGGAAAGGCGUACAAGCUCUCGCAGAACCCCGCGGUGCUUAUCGUCCGUCCUCGUGGCUGGCACUUGGACGAACCCCGCGUGACCGUCGACAACGCCCCUGUCUCCGGCUCGCUCUUCGACUUCGGCAUGUACUUCUUCCACAACGCCAAGGAGCUCGUCCAGCGCGGCAGCGGCCCCUACUUCUACCUCCCGAAGAUGGAGCACUACCGCGAGGCGCGGCUCUGGAAUGAUGUCUUCAACUUCGCGCAGUCGUACAUCGGCAUGCCGCACGGCACCAUUCGCGGGACCGUCCUGAUCGAGACGCUCCCCGCCGCCCUCCAAAUGGAGGAGAUCCUGUUCGAGCUCCGGACGCACUCCUCGGGUCUCAACUGUGGUCGCUGGGACUACAUCUUCAGCUUCAUCAAGCGCCGUCGUGCCGACCGCAGCGCCGUGCUGCCCGACCGGAAGGACGUGACCAUGGAGGUCGGUUUUAUGGAUUCCUACGUCCGUCUCCUCGUCCAGACUUGUCACAGGCGGAGAGUUGCUGCCAUGGGUGGUAUGUCGGCGCAGAUCCCCAUCAAGAACGACCCUAAGGCAAACGAAAUCGCCAUGGAAAAAGUUCGCGCAGACAAGCUUCGGGAGGUCAUGAACGGCCACGACGGUACUUGGAUCGCACACCCCCUCAUUAACGCGAUCGCGAUGGAGAUCUUCAACAAGCAUAUGCUUGGUCCCAACCAGUACCACGUUCGCCGGGAGGAGGUCAAGGUUGCCGCUGCCGACCUUUUGAACACCAACGUUCCCGGCAAGAUUACUGUCGAGGGCGUGCGCUCGAACGUCGCAACCGCUCUGGGGUAUAGCGCAGCAUGGCUUGCCGGAAACGGCUGCAUUCCUCUCAACUGGCUCAUGGAGGACGCGGCCACCGCGGAGAUCACUCGCGUCCAGCUCUGGCAGUGGGUGAAGUGGGGGAUGCGCACGAACGACACCGGCGCCAUCGCGCCCACACUGAAGAGCGCGGUGCUGACGGCGGAGAACUUGGACAUCGUGAGCAAGUACCUGAAGGCGCAGGUCCGCAAGGAGUGGCCGAGCGAGUUCUUGACGAGCGAUCUGAUGGGUUACCUUGCGGUAAAAGAUGGAUGCCCCGCGGGGUGGCAGCGCAGCGUGCUGUAG